GGUUCGGAAAAUAAAAAAAAACACUUUUAGGGUUUUCCUCCGAUCUCGCUGCUGCAUCUUCGGUCUGAGCUUUGGUUCACGCUUCGCUUCGGGUUUUGAUUUCGCGUCAAAUUAGGUUUCCCUUUUCAGAUUUGUUUGUUUGAAUAAUAAGACUUGGUAAAUUGCAUAGCCUUGUUUGAAUAUGAAACCUACCACUAACUGCCACACAGAAGUUAUUACCAUGGAUAAUGAAUUGGAAUUGGCGAGGCAGAAGCUUGGUCUUGUUUCGCUAGGAGAAUCCUCAACCUAUCGGUUAUACUCCAAGGGUUUGGUGAGUGAAGAGGUUAUUAAGGAUGAUACGAAGCUGGUCGGUGGUUCAGGCCUGUUUCUCUGUGACUCGAACGAUAACUCGAAGAAAUCGGAGACCAACAAAGCUCUGAGAAACCACCAAGUCCUGACAGCGCACCCUGAAGCUGUGGGAUUGGCUGCCAUAAUUCAAGGGCUGAGUUGGGCGUUGAAACUGGGUGUGAAAAGUAUCCAAUUCUUCUGUGACGACGAUUCCAUCAUCUUGGAUUACGUAACAGGUAAAGCUGCACCACCGAAAGAGUCCAUUGUAGUAGCAAAACUUUUGAAGCAACUGGCUCUUCUUCAGACAAGCUUCACGUCUUGCCAGGCACUCCCUCUGCGCAGCAGAGACAUCAGUUCUGUCAUUAAGCUCGCAAGAGAUGCUAUUGCUUCCCAAACCAGAUGGAUUGAAGAAGGUGACGACACCAACACUGAGUAUGAGAAUUGUCCAGCCUGCUACGCACACGUUUCACCUCGUCACAAAUUUGAGGUGAGGAGCGGUUGCUUCCACCGCAUCUGCUUUACGUGCAUAAGGGACUGUGUCUCAUCCCAACUAGCACGAGGGGACACCCUACUCUGCCCUUACCCCGGUUGCGAGAAAGAACUUGUGCUAGAGGAUUGUCGAGGUAUUGUUGAUGAUGAUGCUCUUAAUCUUAUCAUCCACCGCAAGAAGGAGAAGGCCAUCCCCGUUUUAGACAGAGUCUACUGUCCCAAGCCGUCUUGUAACUUUUUGAUGUCCGACCGCGACCUCAUUGAUCCUCGGCAAAAGAAGUCUGUAGAACGCACGUGCGUCGAGUGCGGCUUGUGUUUCUGCAAAAAAUGCCAUGUUCCAUGGCACUACAAGAAGACGUGCGAUGAGUUCAAGAAGUCCCCGUCUUACCUGACAUCUGACGCCGCGCUUUUCGAGUCUUUAGUCAAGACACAGGGAUGGAUCAAGUGUCCCCAGUGUGCCACCGUCGUUCAAAAAAAUGGCGGCUGCCAACGCAUUAGCUGCAGACAUUGCAACCACAAGUUCUGUUACGCAUGUGGGGCUGCGUGUACAAGGAAGAAAAUGUCAUGCAACUGCAGCCCAGAAGACGGGCCUAGUAAGAUGUCGUCGCCUUCUGGUGAAUCCCACAAGACUAGGCUUCUAAGGGCUUGAUAUGCCAUCUUCUCUUCAAAUAAAAAGUCACCAUUCCAAAUAGUUUCCUAUUAACGAUAUGCUCUGAGCUUUUGUAUUCCCGAACAAGUUUGUGAUAUGCAUAUUUGACACUUGCUUUCUCUCUUCAAAUGAAAUCUAAUACGAAUUUUGUGAUGCA